AAAUUGAAAUCUGACAAAAUAUAAGUUGCGCACAUUAAGUUGUGCACGUGUUCUGUUUUGAUCUCAGUUUAAUUCUCUUGUUUCAAUCUCUUUUUGAAUAAAUUUAAUUUCUAGUCUGUAACCAUUUCUUAGAAACUGAUUUUCGCCUAAACGGGAGUGCAAUGUAAAAUUUUAAAGUACAACGUGAGAUGUCCAAAGAAGUUUAUAGUACCGAAAAGAAAGAAGGCGAUAGUAAAGUGGUCUUGGAAAGAUUGCAAACGUAUUUAAAAGAUAAAAGAAAUAUAGAAGUCUCAGAAUCCAGUAUAAGUUUCAGUAAACCUAGCACCAGUUUUGAGCAAACUCAUACUGCUUACGACGACAGUAGCAACGUAUUACGAGAAGUUUUGAACAUUAAAAAGGCUGAAUUGCUUCGUCAGCCAGAGAUUAUAGCCUUUUUGAAAACCCUUUCCACCGAUUUAAAGAAAUAAUGGCGUUAGCAGCUCAAAAAAGCGUCGCAUCUUUGAUGCGAAAAACUUUAGACCGGCAGGCUGCUCUGGCACGAGUGAAGUUCAGCUUUAAAAAGAAGCAAGUAGAACAAAUACUCCUAAGCUAUGUAAGAGAUGGAAAUCCGGAGCAAUUCAAUGAGCUUGUAAAGGUCUUGAGGGAUUGUCCUUUAAAUGAUAAUAACUUUAGAAUACUUUUCGAAGAUAGCUUAUCUUGUGUAGUUUUACUUGGACGAGAGCUUAAACCUUUCGUGGAUGCUCUUUGUGGUAUAGAAUGGGCUAGUAGGGAAGAAGAAUUGGUUGAAAUGUAUAGCAGAUUUGUGCUCAGUCUUGUUACAGCACAUACUUAUCAUUAUUCAAGAAUAAUGGCUUCGCUCAUUAAGUUAUUUAAACCUGAUGGUGAAAAUUGGCAGGACAGUCCAUCUCCAGAGAUGGUUUCCCAGUGGUCGAACAUUCACACAAUCAUCGCCCAGAUAGUCGCAGUGAUGCCUCUAACCAGUGAUCUCCUGAUGCAAACCAUUAUAGAUAACUUUCCAUACUACAAGGCUGGUUGUUUUCAAAAUAGAGCUUACAUUCACAAUCUUAUAUGGAUCAGCAAAUACAUACCGUCGCUAACGGAACAGAUCAUGACCGUUAUUGUGAGCAAAAUGGUAGACCUGGAUGCCAAUGUUGUUGAUCGGGAUAAAAACAAGCAAGAGACAAUUUUUGAUAUGGAAAUAGACGGCAAGGAUGAAGUCAGUGAGACACUAGACUACUGUAUGUUAGAAAUACUGAAAUGGCUUGAGGAUGAACGGGAUCCAGUGCUUAACAUAUUCUGUAAUGUUUUUGAGAGAGUCGUACUACCGACACAUGGUAUCAGACACGUACAAUUCUUAAUUCUGUACACCAUAUCAAUAAAUCAGCAAUGCGCGGAUCGAAUAUUCACAAACUUGUGGCUAGUUGCGGCCGGUUUGCACGGUCUAGGUCCUGGGGCAUUGGCAACCAGGAGAACUGCUGCCAGUCAUUUGGCUGGUCUGCUCGCACGAUGUGUAAGGGUGCCAAAUUCCAGACUUAUCCAGUAUCUGAGACUCAUGGCUGAUUGGUGUCAUUCAUAUCUGACAGCGACACAGGAGUCAACGGUGGCCGACAACACCAAAGUGCACGGUGCCUUCCAUGCCAUAUGCCAUGCUAUAUUCUAUCUAGUGGCAUUUAAAAAUCAUCAUCUAUUUGUCAAUAAAGAAAGCAUAAACUUUGUGGAAUCCCUGAAUCUGCCGCGUUUGGUGACAUGCAACCUAAACCCCCUUCGGACCUGUCCACCACAAGUGACUCGAGCCUUCUCGUCUGUGACCCGUUCGCACCAAGUUGUUUACUGUCAGGCUAUCAUAGAGAAGAAUACGAGAUCGACUCUUCAAAACGCGGUUCAGAAGUAUGAUGAAUGGUUUCCAUACGAUCCUUAUACAUUACCAAUAUCUGGUAAAAUAAUCUGGCCGCUGUGUAUGGAAUACAAGGACAUGUUCAAAGACAGCGACAAUGAGACCCAGUACACGAGUUUAAAACGUAAACUAGAAGCCGAAGACGAUGAUUACUUGAUGCCCAGCGCAUCUCAGAGACUAGCUAGCUCCUUGUCGAACUGUAUAUCGCCCGGAUUUAAAACCAGUGAAAGCAUACUUAUAUAGUGACGUUACGGUUGUGCCGAAUCUUGAAUUCCAUUUUUAUAUCCAGUACUUUGGCCGAUAAUUUAAAAUAAUGUUACAUAUAAGUGCAAUUCAUAUAUACUCUGUGGAAUGUCAAGCUCAUUAAAAAUGUUUUAUCGUAAAUUAAAUAUCUACAGAUAUAAAUAUAUAUCUAUUGUUUAAAAACUAUAUAUGUAUAUAUAUAUAUAUAUAUAUAAAACAUUUUUCUUAAUGGCAAUAAAUAAUACAGAUUUAUAAUUUAAAAAAAGAAUACAUUUAUUUUAAAGAACGAAACGUGAUACUGUUUCCGCCUUCAAGAUGUACAUCAAAACGUGUUUUUGAUGAUUUAUAAAUAUUUUUAAGUUUUUAUAAAUACAUAGAAGCUACCAUGAGUAAGAUUUAACACAUAUGUAACUGAUUAGUAUUGUUAUUAAUUAUUACAUUAUUGUACCACGCUAUACUGUUAGGAAAUAAAACGAUAUUAUUUAUU